AAACGGCAUCAUCGUGCAGACAACAAUUUGGGAAACGAGGAGAAGACCAAGAAAGCAUUGCUUAUGCAGAAAUUGAAGGAAGCAAGCGAGAACCCUGAACCUAUCUACUUAAAGAAGAAAAACGAAUAGAUAGUGCAGAGAUCUAACAACUUUAUCAAAUAAGUAUAUUAAAAACAAACAUGGCGGAGAUCGUAGACCACAGCGAUCCCGGCGGUGGCUUUAGCGGAAAGGAGAAAAUAACAGAAAUUCUAAAUCGUCGACACAAAGAACGUGGGAUACAAAUCCAGGCAGCCAAACUAGAGCGCCAAAAGGAUGCCGACGAGACCGAAGCUAUUCAGUACUUCGAUUCCAGCUUCGAGCAGAAGUUGAAAUCAAUCAACAAUAAAUUGGAUACCGUUUCAUCUAGCGAAUCGAAGGCGCAGAUAUUCGCCGAAGUUCAGAACGAGAUAUACGAUCUGCAACGCUAUCUUUCGACGUCCACCUUUUUCCUCAACGAAUACAAAAUCAAAAUCUGUCAGAACGCCAUCAACGAACUGUGCAAAAAUAUGGACGCUCUGAAGAAUGAGCUGAUCCCUAAGAAGAAAUUUGGAUUCAAAAGUAAGAAAUCAGUCAAAAUCAAUCAAGAUGGGAAGGACUCAAUUGAUAGAAUCGGAAAGGGAGCACACUCUGAAGCGGAAGGUGAUAGAAUGAAGUGGACAUUCUCCAACAGAAAGAAGGAGCUCAUAGUACUUCCCCGUUCUGCUGUUGAUGAUCAAACUGUAACGGCAUCGGAUUUGACAGAUUGCAUCGUUAAAUUAGAAGGACACUCAGGUUCCCUUCAGUUCUCCAAGCUUCUGAAUUGUCUAGUCAUCUGCGGUCCAACCUCAAGGUCCAUUUUUCUGGAUGAUUGCACGAAUUGCACGUUUGUCGUUGCAUGUCAGCAACUACGCUGUCACAGCUCCAAAAAUUGCGAUCUUUAUUUGAAAGUGACAUCCCGAGCUAUCAUCGAAGAUUGUAACCAAAUUCAAGUUGCAGAAUAUAAUAAUAGCUACCCUGGAUUGGAUGAUGAUAUCCUCAAGUCUGGGUUGGACGUCACCGUCAACAAUUGGAAUGAACUGGACGACUUUAACUGGUUAGCAACGGAUAAGCCUUCCCCAAAUUGGUCUAUUCUGAACCCGGAUCGAAUCGUAUCUGAUUGGGAAAACUAUCAAAAUCUGUUCCAACAAACUUACAAAACUUUGUAAAAUGAUUAAAUAAAAAUGCUUCUUGCUUUGCUUUUACAGUAA